AUGGGGACUAAUUUAAUAGUCCAAGAUUGCGAUGUGGAUAUUGAGGAUGAGAGAUUUAAGAUAGAUCUAAUACUUAUGGAGAUGCAUGAUUUCGAUGUCAUCCUAGGUAUGGAUUUUCUUUCUCGAUAUUGUGCUAGUAUGGACUAUUUGGGAAAGACAGUGGAAUUGGGAUGUCCCGGGGAAAAGGUGGUGAAGUUUAAGGGACCACGAUUUGGUAGGCAGUUAAAAUCUGUAUCAGCCUUGAAGGCAUGCAAAUGGUUGGAAAAUGGAGCAUAUGGAUUUAUAGCUCAUGUUAAUGUGGUCGAUGAUAAGUCAGAAAAGAAGCCAGAUGAUGUAGAAGUAGUAAGGGAAUUCUUGGAUGUUUUUCCAGAAGACUUAUCAGAGCUACCUCCAGAUCAAGAAAUGGAGUUUGCCAUUGAACUAUUGCCGGGAACAACACCAAUUUCUAUCCCCACUUAUCGCAUGGCCCCGGCUGAGUUGAGGGAGCUUAAAGUACAACUUCAAAAUUUGGUGGAUAAAGAAUUUAUUCGACCAAGUAUUUCCCCAUGGGGAGCUCCAGUUUUGUUUGUAAAGAAGAAAGACGGCACUAGUGAGGCGCAACACCGUGAGCAUUUGAGGAUGGUACUAGAGAAGUUGUGUAACGAAAGACUAUAUGCCAAAUUUUCUAAAUGUAGCUUCUGGCUAAGGGAAAUGGCGUUUCUUAGCCAUGUAAUUUCAAGUGACGGUGUAUCAGUGGAUCCAUCAAAGAUAGAGGUCGUUAAGAACUGGCACCGACCGAGGUCAGUGUUUGAGAAGAAUGUGAGGUUCAUAUGGGAUGACAAGUGUGAACAAAGUUUUGGGGAACUUAAGAAGCGGUUAACUACAGUGUCGAUUUUGACCAUACUUGAGGGUUCUGGAGGAUUUGUGAAGAACUACCCUGUCCAUGAUUUGGAAUUGGCUACAGUUAUCCACGCCUUGAAGAUUUGGCGGCAUUAUCUGUAUGGUGAGAAAUUUGAGAUCUACACGGACCAUAAAAGCCUAAAAUAUAUCUUCUCUCAAAAGGAGCUGAACAUGAGACAACGUCGAUGGAUGGAGUUCUUGAAGAACUAUGAUUGCACCAUCCAUUAUCAUCCAGGGCGGGCGAAUGUUAUGGCGGAGGCCCUUAGUCGUAAGGAUCUUUCAGUCGCGGCCAGGAUGAUGAUGCGGGAAUAG